AUUCAUCCCUAUAUAUACAUAUAUAUACACACACAUUAUACUACAGAUGUAUUGAAAACACACUCAACCUUAAGCUCUUCAAAGUUGAGUUGACUUGAGUUGGGUUUCUCUCUUUUCUGUAUGAAUAUUUUCUAGAUGAGACCACCUCGUCCUGAUGGGCCUAGGCCUGGAUCUGGGCCUGGGCUUGGACCUCCGCCGGGUUUUCUUGGUGGCCUUUUCAAUGGCUUGUACAACACCAUAUCUUCUUGUGUCUACGUGUUAUGCUGUUGCUGGUUGAUACAAGAUUGCUUUGGUGGUCCACUUGGGCCUCCAGAAGGCCCAACAGCUCCUCCUCCCGGGCCAGCUUGGCCAACUCCUCGAACACCUGGCCCACCUUCGCCUCCUCCUCCUGAGCCUCCGGGACCUCCUUUCGACCCAGUUCCCCCACCUGGACCUUCUUUCGGCCCACCAGGUCCUUUUGGGCCUCCAGGAGGUCCACCAGGCCCUUUUGGGCCUUCAGGAGGCCCACCAAACCCGCCACCAUGACUAUAAUGUUAUUACUGUAAUUAAUAAAGAUUUUUCAACCUACCAUUGUUGCUAUUGUUCAUUCACGCUUUAAUAUCCAAACCGAGUAAGUGGGAUUAGUAGUAGUUGAUAAAGAGUAGUUCUUUAUAAUUGUCAAAAGUCUGCAAUAAACAAAUAUUUGAUAUUA